GUUGCAUGCUGCCAGAUACCCCACUGUUCCCGUUAUGCAAGAAAGGAAAUUCCGAGCUCAGUGCACAGCCACAGAACAAGUUCAUACUCUAGGUCUUUCACACUUAGACUUUAUGAAAACAUAUAAAGUUCAUCUUCCGAUACUGGUUUUCUCUGAAACCUUACCAACCAAAUACUUCUAGGACCUGAAACUGAGCUAAGAAGCAGCAAAAGCAAGACAGAGAAAGAGAAGGGAAAAAAAAUGAAUUCUUCCCAAUCUUGUGCAUCACAAUGUGCAGAGAAAAGACUCUGCUCUCACCAGGGCUUCUGCUGGACUGUAGCUGGCACCUCCAUCCUGCUUCUCACCGCCUGUUUCAUAACCCGCUGUGUUGUAACAUAUCAGAGCAUUCAGAUUUGUCAUGAGAGAAGGUUGCAGUCCCAUGAGUAUUUCCCAGAAAUUUCCUGCGAAAAUGAAGGAUCAGGUUUAAUUAAGAAUUGCUGUCCACUGAAUUGGCAACAUUUUCAAUCCAGCUGCUAUUUCUUUUCUACUAACACAAAGAACUGGCCAUCAAGUUUAAAAAACUGCUCAGACAUGGGUGCUCAUCUUGUGGUUAUCAACACAGCAGAGGAACAGGAAUUCCUUUUCUACAGAAAACCUGAGAAGCAGGAGUAUUACAUUGGAUUGACAGACCAGGUGGUUGAGGGUCAGUGGCGGUGGGUAGAUGGCACACCUUUGUCUCUGAGCUUCUGGGAUGCAGGGGAGCCCAACAACAUCGUCACCGUGGAAGAUUGUGCCACGAUGAGGGACACCUCAAAUCCAUGGAAAAACUGGAAUGAUGUGCCUUGUUUCUUCAGUAGGCCUUGGAUUUGUGAAAUGCCAGAAAUAUAUCUUUAAGACUAAGAAAAUUAUCUAAACGCAGUGGGCAUAGCUUAGAUCUGCAAUGAAGAGAACAAGCAUAACCACACCCAGACACCCUGUGAAAGAAUAUGUCUGGUACCCACCACGAGGACUGCUUACAUAUUUGGCACUGUGAAAAAAAUAAACAAGUAAUUUUCAGUGUUAUAACUUAGUGUCAUGUACCCUGAAGUACAUUUUUUUUCUCUUAGCCUAAAGCUCUUUUCUUGAAUUUUAAUGGAAAUUCACCACUAAAUGUGGGAGAGGAGAGAAUGCUCUUUUGACAUAUUUGCGAAUAGUUAUAUGAAAGUAAAGGAACAUACAUUGAAUAGAGAUGUCAGCAAAGACUUUUUAAAAUGUCUUUGAAAGAUCAGCUGAUGGUCCCCUUUAAGUCCUAAAAAUUCUGACUUCUUCUAUACUAAUUAUAUCACCUCUCCGGGUAAAUACAGUUUCUCUCCAUAUACUAGUAAGAAGCUUCAUGAAGGAGGACAAGUUAUGACCCCUGGGAAGCCUGGUAUGGGUUUCUGACCACAAGCAAUUGACCUUCCCUGAGGACCUGCCUUGCUAAGCUGCUUUAAACACACUGCGAAACCCUCAUCCCUGGGACUCCUUUUCUCUCUGCCCUUACCUACACCCAAGAUUUCACCUGAAUAUGGCUUGACUGUUCAGACAACACUAGAGUUCAACAGUAUAAUUAUUCAAAAAAAUACAGAUCUAAUCUUUCCUAUAUACUUAUUUCAUGAUAUUCUAUCCAUAAAAAUAAGGCUACUCAAGAAUUGUAAAAAAAAAAAAAAAAAAAAAAAAAAAAAAAAAAAAAAAAAGGCCCGAGCUUGUAUAGAUAUUUCUACCAUACAAUACCUUAAAGAGGCAUUCAAUAUUUACACGCUGGGGUCAAUGUGUAAUUCUUGAAUUGAAAAAUGGAACUGAACAAAUAUGUUUAUUGUAAGCAAAAGGAAAGGAAGGUGAGUUACGAGCUCAUAGGACAGAUUUAUUUCUCUGAUGCUACUCCUGCAUACUCAUGCUACUUGACUGCCUACUCCUCUGACAGAAUACCAGGUCUUUAUAGGGUCAUGAGCACAAAAAGGUGGAAUCUAUGGAAAGAAAAUGUCACCAUGGGACUACUGAAGUCCAGUUCAGUACAAGAGUUGUGCCUGUCUGCCCAGGACAGGGCUGAGGACAUACAAAGAUCCCCAUGUUGCUUGUCAAUAGCUCUACUGAAUCCUGCCUGGGAAUUAGUAAUUAGUGUCUAGUUGUGUUUACCGGACCUUAUUCACCCAUAAGAAUGUGACUGUUGCAGAUAUAAAAGCAUGGUAGAAUUAACUUGUCUCUGCUCAAACUGGGAUGAUCCUUAAUUAAACAUAUUUUUUCUCCUUU